UCGAUGCUAUUGUGAGUGUCGCUUAGUCGCUCAAUGAGCGACUGUGAAUAGUUUUUAAUCGCUUAUCCUUCUACUGCUAUUUUUGAGUCGAUAGAGUUUGCGUGAGCAAAAUUUUCGUGAUAUAAAUAAAUAAAUAAUGGAUAAAAAGUAAGUUAUUUUCAUCAAAAGCUGUACAAAAAUUUACUAUACAUAUGUGUGUGAAUUGUAGAUCAAAAGUGGUUAGCAAUAAGAAGCAACUUGGGCGGCUGGUCCAGCUGAUGCAGGACAAUCAGGACUUGGCGAAAGGAAUUUGCGGCAGGACUCGGGGAAAGCCCAGAUGGGAAGCCAUAGCCGUAGAGCUGAACAGCUUGGGACCACCACUACGUUCAUGGGAAAAGUGGUUAAAGGUUUGGACAGAUUUGAAGAGCAAGACGAAAAAGAAAAUUUCGGAAAACAGGGCAGAAUUUCGUGCAACUGGUGGGGGCCCAAACAGUCUGCACAUUCUCACGCCACUGGAGGAAGGGGUGGCAAGUUUUUUAAGGUACUAUAUUUGUUCGGACCCACCAGGCCAAGAAAUCGGACACAAUGCAAUUGUUCAAUCGGAGGAAAUCCCAGAGGAGCAGGUAGCUUGUGGUAGUGAUUACAUCACAAUAUCUGGGGAAGAUUGUGAAAUGCGUGAAACCCAGGAUACCGAAAUUUCUGAAGUGCAUCGUACUCCAAGAAGAAGAAAAGUUGCCAAUUCUACUGCAAAUGAUAGGAGAAUUGCAUUACUAGAAACGCAAGUAAACAACCACGCGAAGCAUUUUGAGGCAAUGGAAGAAAGUGCAAAUAAUGUAAAAAAGAGCCUGAAGUACAUAGAAAGUUCUGUAAGGAAGUCAUACAACCUUUAAAAAGAAAA